GAUAGUGGUUAUAAGUUUAAUACACAGACGUCUAUAAUAAUACUACACUAUAUAGAAAUCUGUGGUUUAAUACGUCUGAAGCUGAAAAGUGAAAAUUGAAAUCUGAAUAUUAUCUGAUAUUCUGCUCCUUGGAUCAUGGCACUUCGAAAUUUGUACAUGCCUAGUCGUUGUUUAUAGUUAUAAUAGUACUUAUUUAGUAGUAGACACUAGUCAGUAUUAAGUAUUAAGUACUAAAGUACUGUUAACUGUUCAACAAUAACUCAUCGAUCCUAUCUACAGUAUAAGAAUACAAUGUUGUAUAAAAUAUUCCAUCAAAACAUUUUUGAAGUCAUAGACCUGAGUUCGGCUAUGCUCAUGACAGCAUCAGCUCUCGUCGUUGGAUACGUCUGGACGUGUUUGCGGGCCUCACGCAGGCAAAAGAUGCUCGAGUUGGAGAACACGCCUCACAGGGUGCUAUUGAUCACAGCACACCCCGACGAUGAAUGUAUGUUUUUUGGCCCGGUCAUACAGAAGCUGUCAAAAAUGAAAGACGUACACCUUUUCCUGAUGUGUCUGUCCGUUGGUGACUUUGAAGGUAAGGGCUCACUGCGCAAAGCUGAACUGUACGAUAGCUGCAAGAUAUUGGGCAUUGAAGAGGGCAAUAUACUGCUGUGCAAAAAUACAUUGCUUCCGGACAACCCACGUGUGGACUGGGACACAAUUUUACUGUCCGAUAAGAUUGCUGAGCACGUAGAACAAUUAGAAAUUGAUACUGUUUUGACAUUUGACAGUUAUGGUGUUAGUGGCCAUCGAAAUCAUAUAUCAAUUUACUUAGCAUUAUUCCAUUUGGUGUAUAAUAAAUUGCUUCCAGGUUACUGUCGUUUAUAUUCACUGGAUUCAGUCAACACUUUGCGGAAAUAUGUCAAAUGUAUUGAUGGGUUAUUCAAUAACACCUCAGACUUUAAAUGUACUAUUUCAACAACAGAACAAAAUUGUGUUACAAAAGCAAUGCAAGCACAUGAUUCUCAGUACAUUUGGUUCAGAAAACUGUAUAUGAAAUUUUCUAGAUAUACUAGAGUAAACACAUUUACAACCAUUUCUGCUGAAUAACUUUUGACUUAUAACCAUAGAAUAAUAUUAGUUUUUAUUUAAUUAUACAUUUAAGUAGUUCAUGACUGUGAUAAUUUGAUUACUAUAACAGUUUUAUUAUUUCUCAUUGUUGGCAUUAUUUGUUAUUACUGUUAAUAUCUUUUUUUUUUUUUUGUACAGUUUUCAUCUUCCAAAAAUUGUUGUCCUUGUAACUAAAGAUUGAAUUGCCAAAAUGUAUUACUGAAAUAAACUAUAAUCUUGUUUUCAUCAAUUUGAUCAUAAUUAUUUAGCUUUAAAUUUAGAUAAACCAUGUUUAAAAUAAUUUAAUACAAAUAUCAAACUAUGAUUAUUGAUGACAUAAUUAUAUUUAAAUUUACUAUUUAGUAUAUAUAAAAAAAAAACAAAAAUUAGAAUUGUUGUUAACUGCAAUUGUUCUUGAAAAUAUAAGUACAAUGUACAAAUGUAAAAAAAUUAACAAUUUAUGUAUGAUAUUAAAUAUAUAAUAUACCUAUAU